AGGAGGGGAGGAGUUAAAAGAGCAGAUAAAAAGACAAGAAGAGAGAAGUGUACUGAGGGAGCUAUGCCAUAGAAAAGAAUGAAAAAGGAAACGAAAAGGGCAAAAGAAGAGGAGGAAUCAGUGAGAAGUGAUAUAUAAGUGUGUGAGAACAGAAGAAAGGCGGCAAGAUGAUGAAUGUGGCGCGGAUCCAUGACAAACACAAGCUGAAGUCCUUCUGGGAGCAGAGGAUCGUCCAACACAGCCAGCAGAUGGACGAGGAGGAGAGUCGAAAGAAGACCAGCGCUCUGACAAGGCUGAGGGAGCAGUGGUUGGUCAUGUUGGAUCAGAGGAACGAGCACCAACAGAGCUUCUUUGAGGAGAGAAUAAGACGAUCUCAGAAGGCUCAGCAGCUCCUCACAGAGCUCGAUUCACCUUUGCCAUGAUUCGGAGAUCCAAUAGAGGAUGAAACAAAAAGGAAGCACAGCAGGGAUGUGAAUGGAUGGAGGAUUCCAUGCCUAAAUCCUCUAAAUGCCUUCUUGAAGAAGCUUUGUAUGCCAUACUCCCUUUUAACUAUUCUCAGGGCAAUGAAUGGAUCACAACUGGAUUGUUCAGGUUGUCUGAGAAGACAUUUGGCCUCUCAUCUGAGCAGUCUUCAUCAGUUCCUUCACAAAGACUUUACGUACUGUAGACCGGACAGCCCAUGAAUUGAUGAGGCCUGCUCGGAUGAGAGGCCAAACGUCUUCUAAGACAACCUGAACAGUCCGGUCGCCAUCCAUUAAGUGCCCUCAGAAUGAGAAUAUUCACAGACACGUCCCUGUUAGCUAUUCCCUCAUUACGGGACGGGUUUCAUUUGUACCAAGUAUCUGUGCUGAUCUCAAAGCUUUCAAGAUGAAAUAAAUCCCUAAUGAUUGAUUUGGAGUCCUGGACUGUGUAAGUUUCUAAAUC